UGCUUCAAAGGUUUGGCCUUUGAUUCCACUGAUUUGAUGCCAUUUCGGAAGCUUACGUCAUCAUCGUUCCGUUGCGUCGCUUGGGCUGCGGCAUGACGACCUCAAUGUGGAGAUGUACUACGCUCUUGGCAUUGUCCAUAGGUGUGAAUGCGGCAAGCGAUAGCCAAGUGCAGACAGUGGACAUGUACAGAGCAAUGCAAAAGCCGCCAGAUGGCAAGGAGACCAACAGAGUAUCCAACAACAAUCUAGCAGAUAUUCUGGGUGUCUUGCGCUAUGUUCAUCAAGAAAUCAUCGUGGAGCACGUGGCUGGGAAUCCUGAGCGCGAAACCAGGAAGUAUGGAAUCGAUUCCUUUGCUCACUAUCGCAUGAAAGUGCGCAAUCCAGAUACCAUCUUGAAGGACCCCAGCAAGAUGGCCAUCCCGGGCUUUGGAGGCUUUGGAGCCUUUGAUUUCGGCGUGGCCACAGCCAUGGACCUACUGCAAGGAUUGGUGGCAAGCGGUGAUUACGUUGGCAUCAGCAAGCAGGACUCUCCACAGAUUAAUUUCACACACCCUUGGUAUUGGUUCUCUGUUGAUGGAGAUUGUCCCAAUCUGCCUUGGACUUGUGUGAAGCCAUACCCAGGAUGCACUGCACAGGCUCCCCCUACGAUGCCGCAGCCUUGUGAUCCAGAUGGAUGCGCCGGCAAGCAGGAUGAGGCCGCUCGGAACUGCAGUUCUAAGCCGCAUUUCACCGAUCCAUCUGACACCGAGACGGCGCGAAAGUGCUGCUUGCAUUACAGCUCGAGUCCUGAUAAGGUGAUCAUGGGUGGUCUGUGCGACACUUCGGUCUCAGAACCAACUGGAAAUCUUGGCUGCGUGUACCAGUAUGAGGAGUUGAGCUCAAAGGAUUUCCUGAAUAUUGACGACUUGAACGGCAUCAAUUCCAUGCAAUGUGGAUCGAACGGAAAGAGGAAGUGCUCUGGCUGGAAAGACUGGAGAGACAAUUGCUACGACCCAGAGGGGAAAUACAAGAAGAGAUUCCAUUGUGAAGACUGCCAUGAUUCCGGCAAGUGGAAUGUCACUACCCAGGUCACAGGCUAUUGCGUCGAGUAUGACCUGCACCCGUUCUGCCAAGAGACACAGAACCUUUGCCAGGAUCCGAAAUGCAUGGCCCUGAAGCCAGAGGAGAAGGAAUACGGUUUGCCCUUCUGGUCGGGCAAAUGCGAGGUGGAAGGCAACAGGAAGCGCGCAGAAGCUGUGGCGACAUACUUCUUGGGUGACUCUGUGAAGAACUCACACUGGUUGGUGGACAAGGCAGCCCUGGAUGCAAGUCCGGUUUGCGCAUCAACAGACAUUUCCGUGCCAAAUCAGUGCACUCCAAACCCAGAUGGUGGUCCCUACUGCACUCGUGUUUUUGGCGGUGUUUGCUCCACGUGUUACCUUCCUGGCACUGACCCGCCCUACCCCGACCCAAGCACUCAGCCAAUGUGCCCCUUCGGAGUACUUAAGGAGAAGGGAAACACACCUCCUACCGAGACAAAGUGCGCCAGCAAUGAUCCGUUGAAGAUUUGCUGUUUGUAUGGUCUAGGCACUUGCGCCGUCAAUGGCACCGAUGGAUCUGAUGCCGAACUCACGGCUCGUGGCUUCCUCCAAACCAUGAGGAUGAUGGACAACAAGGAGAUGGUUAAGUUUGCAACCCGUAUCGUCUCUGGACGGGGAGGGGCAAUCUCGAACGAGAAUGGUUUUGAUGAAGAGAUCUAUGCCACAUGGCAUUAUCAGCCGCCCAACAAUCCCGAGGAGGCCUGGAAGAUCUUUGAGGAAACCAUCAACAAGUCCUCGUCGGUGGACUGGCAUCCCAGCCCCAAACCGAAACCAGGAUCUGGCGGCGGAGGCGGCACAGUCAUUACAAUCCUGGUUGUCCUGUUGAUCCUUGCUGGACUUGGCUUUGCGGCCUACAAGUUCUACAUCCGGCCGCGGCAGGAGGUGGCACUGGGGACUGGGGGACGACUGAAGUCUUCUCUGCAUCGACAGUAUCAGUCUUGUGGACAGGCACGCCAGCAGCUACUACCAAGCGACAACAGGUCAGUGCAGAUGAGCGGCUGAGACAUGAACCCUUUUGCACAUUAUUCCUUAUUAAUUAUUGUAACUUAUUAUGCUGUUUGAUCAUACUGUUUGUUCUGUUGCUGGUUUUGUCAAUCUUGUCGUAGAGAUCUUCGAGCAGUUUGAACAACACGGUGCUGAAGUCUUGAGACAAGACUCCCUUCUUUUCGACGGCUUUUGUGCCUAAAGAGGCCAAUCGAAGAAGUCGCAUGCCUCUCAUUUGAAGCAGUUGAUUUAUGGCGGUUUAAAGCGCACCUAUGAAGCACUGCCUCCGUC